CCGCCCCCUAGCCAAGCUAACAACACAACACCAAUCUCCCUUCUCCCUUUCUGCCAUUUGCAAACAAACAUCAUUCUUUGCCAAUCUACACGGGAAAAAAAUACCGAAGAAGGAAAAUGGUGGAUUUGGAUUGGAAGAGCAACGUCAUCGCCAGUGGGAUGAGAAGCAUGGCCCCCAAUCUCGCCGCCAAGACCAGCAGCUCCGACGCCAUCUUCCCCCUUCCCCAUCAUAUACACGACGCCGACGAGCUGCCGCAGCCUUCCCCCUCCGACAUCGCUUCCUACGAUAACUAUCUCCGCCUGCCGGACCUCUCCAACCUCUGGGCCUCCAAAGAGUGGCAGCCUUGGAAGAACGAGACCCUCCUCAGGCCCUCCCUCCAGGGCCUCGAGAUCACCUUCCGCCUCAUUUCCAUCGUCCUUUCCGACUUGCGGCCCUACGGUAACAAGCCAGAGUGGCGACGCCGGAUCGAGUCAUUGGCUGAUCGCGAGGUCGAGCUGAUCGGCGCCUUCUGCCAGGAGCAAGGAGAACAGAGUUCGCCGCUUGCCGCCCCGACGUUCGAUCGCGUCUCCGAGGGCGUCCUACAGAGGGACGGGAGUUCGCCGGAGGUAUGGAAGGUUCGCGGGUCUUCUACGCCUGUUCUGGUUAACCGAGUGAGCGAGCAGAGCCUUCUCCCUCGCUUGCGGACUUGGAAGAGAGCAGAAGAUACGGCGGCGAAGAUCGCUCUCUCGAUCGAGUGCCACAUGCAAUCAUCGCCCUUCACCCUGGGGCUCGGCGAGCCCAACCUCGCCUGCAAGCGGACUCUCUGCUACGACCUCGUCUGCAGGCCGUCCGACCUCUACGCCCUGAAGAAGAAUCCUUUCGAUCGCCGGGUCGACAACCCCGAGAACCAGACGCUCUACACGGUGCACCAGAUCCUGGAAGCCUGGAUCUUCGUAGGGCUGGAGCUGAUCCGUCGGAUCAAUGAGCAGAUCGACGAGGAGGAGUGGGGAAAGGCAGCCAAGGAUUGCUGGCUCCUGGAGAGGGUCUGGAAGCUGCUGGAAGAAAUCCAGGGGCUCCACCUCCUGAUGGACCCCGAUGACUUCUUGCGCCUUAAAAGCCAGCUCUCCAUCGGGAGUUCGCCUGAGACCGGCGGUUUCUGCCUCCGUUCACAUUCGCUCUACGCCGCCACGCAGGCGUGUAAGGAGCUCAAGAACCGAGUGCCGGUGAUCCUUGGUGUGGAGGCGGACCCGCGGGGCGGGCCCAGGAUCCAGGAAGCAGCGAUGAGGCUCUUCCAUCGCCACGGAGGCGGUCGAGGCCCGGAGCGCAUCCACCUCCUCCAGGCCUUCCAGGCCGUCGAGACGGCGGUGAAGCGGUUCUACUUCGGCUACCACCAGGUGGUGGCAGUGGUCAUGGGCAGCCUGGAGGCCAAGGGCAACCACUCGCUGACAGCCGCGUGUCCGGGCGCCCUAUCUCAAACCUUCUUGGAACCCUCUUACUUCCCUAGCUUGGAUGCCGCGAAGACGUUUCUCGGGGAUUUCUGGCGCUACGAAUCUGAUCAGGGCGGACGACCGUAGGAAAUGCCUCUCCUCCCUUCCGCUGGCAGCCAGCACUAUAGCAAAGCACAAAGGAAUAGGAUGAAGAAAGAAGGAAACACACAAGAAGGAGAAUCAGAGUUGCACUUUUGGUUUUGGGAACCUCCUUCUCCCCACGUUUCGAGUUUUUCUCUUCCCUUUUUUUUUUUUUUUUUCCUAAAAUGGUAGUGAAUUCAAAUAUUCUUGUGUACCAACAGCAAUAAUCUCAUACAUUGUGUAAAUACAAUGAAAAACUGGCUUUAUGAUUGAAGAUAUAUGAAAGUUCCAAGGUUUUGACGAAUGGAUAUAAUUAGAUGCAA